GGUAGAGGUGGAGGUACAGGUAGAGGAGCAGGAUUAGGAAGAGAAAUGGCUCAAGAAAGAAAUGUGAAUGAAGGACUAAGUAGAGGAAAAGGAAUGACUCAACAUAGUCAAACUAGUUCUGAAGCAAACUGCAGUAGAGGAGGCCUAGGAAGAGGGAAGAGACCAGUAGAACAUGAGGACACUAGUGGAGGACAAACAAGACCUUUUAAAAGGCCAAGAAUGGUGGGUGUUGGCAUAUACCAAGCUGAAGAUGGAUUUACAACUCUCAAUCCUGGAUUGUCAAGUAGAAGAGUCAUCAAUACUGGUACAAAAGUUACAAAGAGGGCUGAUGUUGUCACUGGUGAUAUUGGCUACACACCAGUACGUGGAUUCAAAUGGAAGGGGAAGACAACUAUUACCAGUAGCAACCUGGAAAGAAUGAGGGCUGAAAAGGUUAUCAAAACUAGGUCUGUAGCUGCUGCUAAUGCUGCUAAUAGCCAAGGCCAAACAACUUCAAGUAGUAAAACUUCUGUGCCAUGGAAGUAGGGCAUUUUGAUGUUGUCUUGUUCAUUUUGACAAACAAAAUUUAACUAUGCAUAUAUUUGUGUUGU